AGAAGUCCACAUAAUAUGCACACCUCCUAGAACUUGAACUGUUGAAGUGCCUGGCUCAGGCGGAGGAAAUAACCUUGUGCAGUAAACUAAUAAUGGAUGGCCGAAAAGGACUACCGGUAGUGCAGAGCAAGUCAGGUAACACUUCCUCCAAAGUCCUGUCUCCCUACCAAAGUCCCAGCAUUCGGUCGACGGGACCACCUAGGAAGUACCCAGGAGUAACGCCUGUCAAACGGUACCUUGGUCCGCCUCGGAGUAGCUUCAAAUCUCCUGUCUUGGCAACAAGCAGGACUUCCGCCAGUGGUGAUGCAGCAUCGGCCACUGUUAACGUGGAAGACAAAGUCAGGAAACUCAAGGCGGAGUGUGCCGAAGCCCGGGACGAAGUCGCUAAACUGGAACAGACGUAUAAUGUUGAGGAGCUCCAGGUCUAUAUUGAUCUACUUCAUGAGUACAACGAGGUCAAGGACACGACACAGAUGGUGCUGGGUAGGCUAGCUGAGAUACGGGGAACAACUGUCAGACAACUGCAUGACGCGUACGGCUUGAGACCGGGUGACUGAUUAGGUAUUAGCACACUCCGCCAGGAAGGCUGCAGAGUAUUCUCAUACCAUACGUUCGCACAACAGCAGGUGAUAUGGGUCGUACAUCCUUUCUCCUCCGAGCGUCUCUCGUCUUCUGCUCAUCACCAGCACAAGCUGAAGUAUCCACAACGGUGCCUGUCCGGGAGUACUGAUGUUGCACAGCCGCCGUGUGCUGCAUGCAGGUGCACUGUAAACCGAUGGCUCUUGUCCGACACGGUUCAUGGCAGCAGCAGAACAGCAGUUUGCUGCGGAGGACCCGCUGCACACAGCGCCGGGUGGUACCGCUCUGCCAUCCAACUGUGUGAUGCCGUACACAUGUAUUAGUGAGCUCACAGCCAAUGACAACAACUAUGUACAGCACACGUCUCUACCAUUCAACGUGGCGCUACUCUCCACCCUGGUUCCCAAACAGAAGAAGGGAGACCACAGUCACAGUGCAGCAUUUCAGCUGGCACUGAGGAGCGUCACUACACAGCGCGGUGAUUGCGACACAUUCAUAGUAACAUGAUGCACUCCAUGGCUCAUUCUACUACGUGUUGGUUAACAGUAACACCAAACAUCCUGUCAAAAUGUAUAUAUAGUUCAUGAACAGUUUUGCUCACACGAAGAACAUCCUCAAUACGAUAUCCUAUUCACAAUAAAAUAUUUGUUGCAGAAAUUUUAGGAAAAAAGACUUCUACACGUGUUUGCAUCUAUAAAAACAUACAUCUUCUCAACACCACCCUUGAAAGUAUUAUUGUGUGGAUGUCUCACUGUAUUCUACUAUUGAGUUCAAUGGGCUGAUUUAUUUUGCAGACUGCAUGAAUAGAGACAUAAUCAUUGUUCCAUCCAUUAUUUUGCUGUAUCCAUUGCUGAAAAAUAGCUGGUAAAGUUGGAGAUUGUUAAUACGAAAAGUAUGUUCUGAUUUUGAUAGCAAAUUUCUUUUCGUAUAAAGAAGUGAAGGGAAUGAGAGAACAUCA